AUGGAAGGCGGUGACAUUUUCAUACAAGAUUUCAUCAACGACCUUCAAGAAUCGCCCGAGAGCCAAGUUCAAAAAUGUUUUCGCGAUUCCUGUAUUUUGAUUACCGGUGGAACGGGUUUCAUCGGUAAAGUUUUAAUCGAAAAAUUACUAAGGUAUGCGGAUGACAGACAUUGGUUUACCUAGGACGUAAAAUUACAAUGUUUUGUUAGAUAAAUAUAAUAUAUUAUAAAAUUGUUACCCGUAUACAGGUCGUGUUACAAUUUGAACACUAUUUAUGUCGUCACAAGACCAUUGAACGGUCAAAAUCCGAAUGAACGGGUCAAGGAAAUAUUUAUUAGUCCGGUAAUUAAUAAACAUAAUAAUAAUUACAAUAAAGUCGAGUAAAGGGCACAUAUGUAUAUUAGGUACUUUAUUAGAAUAUUCAAUUAGGAUAGAGUAAGAGCACGUCUCUAUGUUAUUAUACUUACAAAUAAUAACUCUUUAUUUUCAAAAUUAUAUCUCAAAUACUUUGUUGGUAUAUAAUAGUAAUUAUAACAAUAAUAUAUUAUAUAAUUAACUUUUUGAUUGUGAGCGUAACGAUCUUAGUUUUACUAUGAUAAUGUGUGCUUAUUUUUUUCCUAAUCAAAAUACAACUAGAGACAUUUUUUAUUGUCUUGAGUACCUAACGCAAAAUGUUGUUAAAAAAUCAUACCUACCUCUACUAUCCACGAUUUAGGUCGAGUUUAACCAUUGCAAAAGACAUUCAUUUUUUUCGUGCGACACACAGUGCCCACAUCUUUUAUUUCUUCAAUUUGUUCUAUGAGUGUCUAAACACUAUGAUUUUUGUUUCCUAGUUAUUUGUUUAUCCACUAGUAAAAAAGUAUUAUACAAUAGAGUUUACUGGUAAAUUAUAGCAUACUCUCCACUAUCUUGCAAGCAAGAUAAUGCGAAUUUGAAGUUAUAUUUGAAGAAUAUUUAACUUUUUGAACUGGUUAGCUAUUUUAUGUCACUGACCGCCAUGUAUUAUAUUUACUAUAUCUAUAAUAAAGCUAUUAUAUUACUCCUAACCUACUAAUUACUAGUCAAAUAAAACAUUAUGUCAUUUUUAUAUUUUUAUUGAAAUUAGUAAUUGUAAUUAAAUAUAAUAACAUAAUUUUGAAUUUAUUUACGAUAUUUUUAUAAUACCAUUAAUCUGAUGCGCACGUCUGACCGGGCGCGCGUGUUUUCCGGUGACUUUGACGCUAUAGCUUUUCGAUCGGAUGAAAGUAGAAAACCCCGGGUACCGGAAUCAAGUGCAAGCAAUCAGCGGUGAUUGCUCGCAGCCAGGUCUGGGAUUGCGUGAGGCUGACUUAAAGGUAAUCAAAUCCAAAAUAAACGUCGUGAUCCAUUUGGCGUCGACCGCGGUUAGCAGUUUCCACGAAUUUUCUGGGUUUCGGUCUGCCGUCUGUACCAACGUCCGAGCAACCAGAGACUUAAUCGCACUCUCAAAGCGUUUUCAAAAUCUCAAGGUACCUAUGUACAAUAUAGUUAUCAUUAACUUAAUGGUGCUCUUUUUCGUGGGGAUCAAUAUUGUGCAUCAGGGACCAACAUAGACCGUUUGCCCUUGCAAAACAUUAUUAUUAAUAUUUGGAUUUAUUUGAUUCUUCCAGCUAUCUCUAUAUCUAUCGUCGAACUCGUCUAAUUUGGUCGACCCUUUAAAGCUUAUUACCACGGUUUCUUCCAUAUCCGGUUAUACUUAAACAUUGUCCGCAUUGUAUUGGGUUUUGGCUUCUCAAUGACGCAUAUCAAUAAACUCAUCGCAGUCUUUCGAUGAUCUUUAAAAUAUCAUGCCCCCCGAACAUUAGCUCUCUGUUUUCCCUCCGUAUCCACUCUGCAAUUAUGUAACACUUUAUUGGUCUCUUAUAUAAAAAAUCUUCCAAAUCGUCCGUUCUCUUAUAUAAAGUCGAUUUUUUCAUUAACAGUAAAUAAUAUGUUUUUUUCUUUUCCGCAUAGGCAUUUGUGCAUGUGUCGUCCGUGUUUAUCAAUCCUUCAGUUUUAGAUGUACACGAACAGUUUUACGAUUCGUCGAUACCCCCUGCCACUCCUAUAUACAUGGCUGAAACACUUCCUGAUCACGUCUUGGACAAAGUAGCUCAGGGGCAAGUUGAACAUAUAAUUUGCUCAUUAUGAAUACGUUUAUAUUACAAAACCAAUGCUCGAAUUGAAGAAAAAGUUCUGAACGGACGCCCAUGGUUUUAUAGGUUAGAAACCAUCGUUUCAUAAUAUGUGGAUAAAUUAAGACGAUUUACUUAAAUUGUAUAAUUAAUUUUACAAAAACAAAAUUAUAAAAUGCAAAUUCAUUUAUUAAAACGACUCUGAUUUCAAGUAUUAACUGAGGUAAAUUAUCCAGAAAUUGUAUUAAGUACGUGGGUGAAUGGUUGAUAAUCAGUGGUUCUUCGUCUAUGUUUUUUUUUAAGUCGUCUGUUACAAUGAAGUUUUAUUGAAAAAUUUUUGUUUGGGAGUUUUGGUUACAUCUCACAAUCGAAAAUUAGGAGGGUAGGUGGUAUGCCGUCGUUUAUUAUGAAAACAAUAUUUAAAUAUUACAAAAGUUGUGAAAUAAAUAAUUGUGAUAUUAGUUUUUAUUUGUACAUACAUAAAACAAAUGUUUAGUUUUAAUUUUGGAUAACAAUUUCGAGCACUUUUGCCGUUUACAACCGAAUGCAUCGUAACUAGUAAUCGUAAUAAUUUUGUCAUUUAUUUUCUUUUUUCUUUUCAGACUCAUAUCUGGAUGGCCGGACGUGGUCACUUUUACUAAAGCUAUGUCUGAACAGAUUAUCCAGUCGGCCGGACGAGAUUUACCUGUAUGCGUUGUGAGGCCCGGGUUCGGUAAUAUUACUAAUAUACCUCUAUGGUUAAUUUUUCAAUCUUUUUUUACAAUUGUGCGUGUAAUAACUGUGUACUUUGGAGGCGACCGGAGAUUUUGGAACAUAAUUUCUAAUUCUCCGACGACGAGCAACUGAAUGAAGCUUAUUUUUUAAUGGAAUUCACUUUUGACCAUCCACAAUCGUCCACGUAACCAAAAUAUUUUAUUUUAUUUUCAACAAUACGGACUGAACUCAAUUACAUAGAAUUAACGAUAACGUAUUAAAACAUAUAAAGUAUAAAAACAAAAAAUACAAAUAUGUAACAAAAUACUAAAAAGAUGAUCGCUAAUUAUCGUACGCAUCAUUUUAAAGAUUGGCUGUUUCUUAACAUAAUUGACGUUGCACUUAUAGGUACAAAAAAGAAAGGCAAGAUAAUGGGGACGGGUGCAGCCAUUGAUGUAGAUGGGAAGUUGGGAAGGUAGAAUAUAGACGGGAAUUUAAUGCAUAUCUGUAAGCAAUGAUAAACUAUUGCUUACGAAAAAACGAUUUUGAGUGAAGUUCAAUUGAUAGUGAUACUUUGUCAACAAUAUAUACGCCAUUUUAUAGUAAAAUAAUUAAAUGAGCUUUAUAUAUUUUCUUUGAUAAAAUUUGUUUAAUGUUUUAUUGAUUUUCUUAAUUUACCUACAUUUCUUAUAUUUUCCCAUUUUUUUUUUUUUGGUUUUUCAAUUUUGAUGAGAAAACUCUUGAGAAAAUCAAAACUAUAACCUCUUUAAAGUACCUAGUGAAAAUUUCUUUGAGAAAUAUUAUUAUCAUUAAAAGUUGAAGUGAAAUUGCUGGCAUAAAAGUUGCUCACAGAAAAAAAAAAUGAAUAAACAUCUUUAUAAAACCAUAAACUUCUUCGUUCUGCUUAGAUUCUAAAAUGGAUAUAUGUAUGUUAUGAACAGAAGUUAAUGGUACUUUAAAGUUAAUCACAGAUAGAUAUUAAAAUAUUAUUACUAGUAUGUAACAGUACUGUGGAUAUUAAAACAAAUAAAAUAAAUAUAGGAAUUAUAUAAUUAAUAUAACAUGAUGAUGAUUAUGACAAAUAAGGCGGGAAUAUUAUUAAGUUCUUUUUUAUAUUAAACUGUGACUCGUUCAAUGACUCAUGAAUUGUUAUUAUCAUUCAACGUAUACUUAAGGUAGUUAAAUUAAAAUCAAAGUCAAGGAUAAAAGAAUAAUUAUUGUAGGGAAUGACGUAUUCAAUCAAGGUCCGCGUUUUUAGUUUUAGGUACUGCUCAUGAACCCAUAGCGGGUUGGACGAACCAUUUAAACAAUUUAACAGGAUGUGCGCUUGGUUCCGGGCUAGGCCUGGUGCGGAUUUAUCACGGACCUAGCUCCGUGAACGCCGAAAUCGUACCCGUCGACAUGCUGGUCAAUCUAAUUCUUGUCGCCUGUUGGGAUUUGAUCGGAAACAGGUGUGCGAUCGCCAUGUAAAAUAUCUAUACGUAUAUAUAGUUGAAUUAUAUUAUUUUACAAUGUAUAAUUUGACCAAUAUACGAAUAUUGUAUAUUAAAUAAAUAUCUGAGCAUUUUUUGUAGGUAUAAAAAAAAAAUUUUUUUUUGUUAUAAAAAGUCUGAUAUGUUCGUAUCGAACUAAUAAUCUGCACGAAAUAGUGAAAACUAUACAAUUGUUGCUAUUUUCUUAAAUUAGGAAGUAAUUAAUAUUUACUUAUAAUAAGAAUUUGUAUGCACACACUGUGGUUGAAAUCCUAGAUAGUUAAUUGUUACUGAAUUCAGUCGGAGACAUUUUCGCAUAGUUUUAGAGUACUCGGUAUUUUUGUAGUUCUCCAGGAGGCUAAUUUAUAACAAAUUGUACAAAAAACGUUUUCGAUAAUGAAGAGAUCUGUGUGAAAAUAUCAUAACUACUUUAUUCGUCAAAGUUCUUUUUUAGCAUUAUCAGAAAAGAAAAAACUAUGCGUAAAUCUGUGCUGCGUAUAAUUCAAAUAGUCGUAUAGGAAAUAUAACGUAUUUGAAGUUUUGUGGAUUUUCUCCGUCGGUAAAUAACAUAGCUCCGGAGCUAUGUGGUCUUAUGCUGUCUACUCUGAAUUUAAUAAUUCAAUAAUAAUAUGUUUUAUGUACUAUCAAUAUUAUUUUCAAUCCUUAUACAUACUGUUUUUGAUAAAAUAUGUAUUUUCAAAUAUAAAAAAAAAGAGAUGGACAUUCUUAGCACAAUGGGUGGGCUACUGUUGUAGGCUUGAUAAGUUGAGUUAAGUUGGGAACGUAGGAUAUAGAGGGUAAUUUAAUGUAUUUUUGUGAUGAUUAAUUAUCAUAACGAAAAACGAUUCUGAGCGAAAUUUGGUUGUACAUGUUUUGAAAGGCCGUAAUAUUUACGAUUUUCGUCAACAUUUGAUAUUAAAAUUCUUACAAAAAAAAAAAAAAAAUUACAUAAUUAAACUCGACUUUUACAACUUAUAAUGAACCUCCUAACGUGUUCACAUUUUGAACGAGUUAUUACUAUUCGAAUAUACUUAAUAAUAUUAUUAAAUGAUUGAUGUGAGUUAUUAUGUGUGCGCUCUACAGGACGGACGUUAUUAACGAGGAAGUACCAAGAAAUAUGGUGAACACAAUGAUUUACAACUACGUUUCGUCCAAUUACAAGCCGUGCACUUGGAAUCAGCUGGGUGAAAAAUUUUUCAAAAACGAAAAAAACGUUUCAUCGCCAAACUCGGUAUAAUAUAAAAUAUAUGCUAAAUCUUUAUGUUUAUGGAUUUUCAACCACAUCAUUAUUAUCUAUCUUAUUAUUAUGUUUUCAGUUUUGGGUGCCAUUUUAUUAUGUCACUGGUAACCUGUUUUUAUACAGGAUAAUUUCGUUUUGUUUGCACACCAUUCCGGGUAAUAUCGUGGAUUAUUUUUACAUUCGGUUUCUAGGUAAAGAACCCAGGCAAGUUAAAAAUACGAUUUUUUUUUAGCAGCGCUAAAGGUAUGCCAGCAUCCACAGGUUGGAAAAUAUAGAGUGUCCUACAGUGCUUUCCUUAUGCUAAUAACUCUGUCAGUGUUCAUUUUAUUUUCAAUCGGGUUUUGUACAAGGGUGGCACACAUAUCUAGAGGCACAUUUUGUUUUUGUUUUCUACCCUUAAUUAUUAAAAAAAAAUAACUUUAUUUUAUCUCUUUUCAUAGUUUUCAAAAUAUCAUACAUUCAUAUCCGUUCAAUAGUUUCUUGGGUGUAGCCGUUUUAAUUUCUACACAAUUGGUGUGAAAAUAAUUAAUAUUCAGUAGCAGAUAAGGAAUCACCGUGCUGAUAGUGAUUCCUUAUUGUGUAACGUGUUAUUAAAAAUUGAAAAUUAACUGUUUUUUUUAGAAAUUAAAACGGCUAUUCCUAAGAAAUUAUUGUUCGGAUAUAAAUGUGUGACAUUAAAAUUUUUCGAAUAAAAAUUUUUAUAAAAUAGCCAUUUUGAAAAUUAUAUGAAAUAUGGUAGGUUAAAUAAAAUGUUUUUUUUUUUUUUUUUUUUUACAUAAUAAAGGGAUGAAAAUACAAAUUUAAUUUUUCUCUAUAUACGUGUCCCUUCGCACAAAACCCGAUUGAAAAAAAAUUAAUAUUGAUAGAAUCAUCAGCUUAAGGCCAAUACUGUAAAGUGUAGGACUCCUUGUAUAUACUCAAAAACCAAUAUCGAAAUUUGUUGCAUAAUUUAUACAAAUGUAUGUAAUCGGCAAUUACAUUCCCGGAAUUUGUUCACUCUUUAAACGUAAGUUAAGUGAUUUUCAAUCUUUAUUGAUCCAUGUCAUCCUUAUCGAUUAUAAUCCAAUAUUGAGUCAUUCUACCAAUGCAUAAUCCAUUGAAAUUAUAGGAUAUUCAAGGAGUGGUAUCAUCGUUGAAAAGUGAGUGAUGAGGAGGGCGUUGUUCGGACGGUGUUAGUGGUUACAUGACAACGAAGGAAGGCAAUAAUACGAUUUUAAUCUAAAAAAUUGAAUAUUGUCUUGUUUUUUCCUUUUCCCCAUUUAUUUCGUGUCACCACUGCACUGCGUCCAUGUCACCCUAGCUGAGAACCACUGGUGGUAUUACGAUUGUUUUGUUAUUGGGAAUAAAAUUUAGUGUUUAGUAUUAAUUUCUUUUUAACAGUCCAAUCGUAAUGAAAUUAUGUGCAUUUUGAAAAUAGAUUUGAACUCAAGUUAAAACAGACUAGUUAGCAUUAUUUACACGCCGCGCGCCAUACUGGCACACCAAUGAUACUCCACUUCUCUCCUCCAACUCAAACUUAAAAGUGGAAUAUCUCGUCAAUAGAUCGAAGGAAAUAAAAAACGUCAACACUCAAAUUAAUUUUAACUAAUACUCCAUCUAUUUAUGUAAUUUUGUAUGUAGGUUGCCAUUUGAAAAUUAAAAUUAGGUUUUGGUUUUACAUUUAAAAACAAAGGUGACAAAAAAUAACAUAAAUAUAAAAUUUUAGAACAACUUGUUUCUUAAAUUUUCUAGAAAACAAAUUUCGGAAAUAGUUAAUAUUUUCCCAUAUAAUGAGUGUAUCCACUUAAAUGGAUCACCUGGUAUAUUUUCUAACCGGUGAAUACUAUAUAACACAGCUACAUUUUUAAUGCUGCCGUUUUUAAACAAACAAUAGGUCUAGUUAGGUAUAGGUACCUACAUGCGUGUAAUAUUUUGUAUUUUUUUUUUUUUAGAUUAAAUGAGUUUUAUAAGCGAGUUCACGUGGCAUCCAAUCAUUUGAAUUCAUAUCAACAGAUGCGUGCAAAAUACUAUAACUGCAACGUCAAUAAUUUAAUGAAUAAAUUGUCGGCGAGGGACCGCAUUAUGUUCGGGUUUGACAUGAGUUCACUGUCUUGGGACGAUUAUUUCGACAAGUAUCUUAGAGGACUCCGGGUGUAUUUGAUGGGCAACCGUUUGCACAUGUCAGGAACAAACAAUAAUAAAACGCUCAAUAGGUAUGUCACGUUCAUAAAUAGAUAUAAGUAUGAAAUUGAUAACAUUUGGCAGAUAUUUAAUAUUUAACUUUCAUUUAUCAGCGUUUCUUGAUCUUUUUAUAAACAUAGAAUGAUUUUUUUUUUAUCAUGAACUGGCAAAUAUCUUUGAGAAUUUUAAAUGUAUUUGGUUUCUGUUUUUUUUUCAAUCUUUUUGGGAUCGGUUAAGCUUUAUUUCAAAACCAUUUACAUAUUACUAACUAUUAGUACCCAAAGUACCUCUCUAGUACGAUUUCCUUUCAGAAAAGGUACUAUCAUUGAACGGGGUUCUUAUUUGAAAAUCAGUUGUAUUAUAAUAAUAUUAUAUAAUAUGUAAGGUAUAUGUAUUAGGGGGAAAAAAUUAAAGCUUAAAAUAUUAAAAUAAAGCUUAAUUGAUUCAAUAAUUAUUAAAGAAAAAAGAAAUCAAAUUCACUCAAAAUCCUCUGAAAAAAUGUCUGGUUUACGAUAAAAAAUCACUCUGUAUACUCAUUUCCGAUUUCAUAAAACUAACUCAGUUUUAAAACUUAACCUCUCUUUCACAAUUUUCCAUGAAGCUAUUUUUAUUAUUAUUAUUUUUUAACCAUUAUCUACGUAUGAAGUAGGUAUACCUACCAUAACUCUAUUGGUUUUUUUUAAAAAUGUUUUAUUUAAUUCAUAUGAAUCGUUUGCCCCCUGCUACUUUUUUCAUUUUUUAGAAAGGUACCAAAGAGAUUUUCUGGAAUAGUAUAACUAUAACAAUAACAAUAACUAUUACAAUAACCCUAUUGCCAGAUGUUGAAAAAAAAAGAAAAUCGAUAUCAGGAACCAAAUACAAAUAUUUAAUACCUUAACUUCCUCCUUUGUUUUAUUUGUUAUUUAUUAUAAUUUAUUAACAUACAGGAAUAAUAAAUAAUACAAUAAUGUUUUCCAUCUGACUACACUUAUGAACAAUAGAGGUGGUCAGUGAUGAUACAUAGAUAUAGAUAAUAUAAGUACUAUAUAUAUAGCUAUUAUCUGUGUACUCACUUGAAGUCACCAACGACCAUCACGUUAGGUUAGGUAAAAAUGGUUAUAUCUGUCGUUUUACCAAUGUUACCGCGGUGAUUAAGACUGUGCUUGUUUCUAAUAUUAAACAGAUAUAAGUUACAGUUAUCAUAAUACAAAAGUGCAUGAUAUCAAAUAAUCGUUAUCAAAUUUUUGAACUAAAUGGCGGUUUAUUAUAGUAUAAUAUAUAUAUAUAUAUAUCAGUCGUGAUCUGGUAUUAUAAUAUGAAUCGUAAAAUAAUUAUUGUCAUAUUAUCAUAUUACAGUUAAUAUCAAAUAUAAUUGACCGAUGGACCUAUUCAAGUGUUUUUGGAAACUAAAAUAUUUAGAUUGUUAAUAAAAUAAUAAAAAAAAAAUUAUUAAAAUGGUUAAUACUCGUAAAUAAAUAAAGUAAAUAAAUAUACAAAUAAAAAAUGUAUGUAUAAAAUAAAAAUAAUUAAUUAUCGAUUGAAUAAUCAAUGCGUUGCUUGGAAUAUUAUGAUAAGUGUAUUAUACGACCGGUUUCGAAUUAAAAAUUCAUCAUCAGGUAUAUCACAGUCAAAAUGUAAAACGCGAUAGAAUAUAAAAAAUCAAAUGAAAAAAUGCAUGGAAAAAAAAAAUUACAAAUUGGUCGUUUUAAAUAGAAUAUAGAAAUAAUUUAUUUUAAUAGGAGAGAUUAUUUAAAAUUAAUUAUUAUUAGACAUAGCACAUAUAUAAGAAAUAUAAAAUAUUUGUAUAUUAUUUAUUAUCUAAAAUGUAUUGAUAUAAGAAAUUAUUUUAAAAAUCGUUUUGAACAUUUAAAAUAUUAUUAAAAUUAUUUGUCUUUAUUUCAUUGUGUAUGUGUAAUUCUUCUAAUACUUAAUCAAUGUAAAUGUUAUUUUGGGUACUUAAUAUUUAUUAGUCUGUAUUAAUAUAAAAACUUGUAUUAUGGUUGUUUUUUAAAAAAUUUUUGGAAAAUUUGAAUUACGGGCAGUCUUUUUUAAUUUAUAUUUCCGAAAUGAAAAUAUAUAUGUAUCUUUUACCUUAUUUUAAUAUUUCUAUUUGUUUUAUUUAUAUAAAAUUUAUUUAGUUACAUUUAAGUUUAUAUAUACCAGCGUUUUUAAAAGAAUGGGGAUUUUCGUGUAGUUUUCAGUUCUAUUGUUUAUAUGUUGGAUUAAAUUAUUAUUAGUCUUAAAAACGAUUUUUAUAUUAUUUGUAUUAUUGUUCAGAAUUACAGAUUUCACACUUUAAAAAUCACAGCCGACAAAAAUGACUACAUAAAAAAAAUGAGAAAUAGCGUAGGGUAGGGUAAAUGAUAAAAUUAAUAUUUUAGUAGCACAAAAUGCACAGAAAUUACAAUUUAAAAACCAGAAUUAUUUUCAACCACGAGUUACUAAUUUAACUUCCAUAAUUUUCAAUGAAGCUGAAAAUAACAAAUAACAAUUUAUUAAAUAAAAGUAAGAAAUUUAAUAAAUAUCAAACAUUACACUUUAACUCAAUUAAAAAACAAUUAAUAAAAUGUUAAUCUGUUAUAAAUUAUAUACAAUUUAAAAAUCAAAAUGAAGACAUACAUAUCUUUCAUUUAAUUUUUAUAUUCAAUCCCGUUUUAAAUUUUGACUGUGAUAUACCUGAUGAAUUUUUAAUUCAAAACCGUUCGUAUAAUAAUAUAAUACACUUAUUAUUGUACUUCAGGUGACGUAUUGAUUCAUUUUAUUUUUACACAUACAUUUUUUAUUUAUGUAUUUAUUUACUUUAUUUAUCUUGUGUUGGAUUACAUUAAAAAUAAUGCGAACCUUAUCUGGAGGGCUGUAACAGCUACAACAAUUUUAGAAAUAGACAUAGGAUUGAAAUCUAUUACCUACAUUUGUAAAAAUAUAACUUAUUAAUAAAUAAAAUAAGAAAUUUGUAUUUAAUUAAGUAUAAUAUUAAAUGCAUGUUAUAAAUUUAUAAUACAAAGUCUAACCUCCGGUUUUUCAUAGAAAAGAAACUUUCAAUGAUAUCAUCCACUGGUAUACCUAAUUCCUGGUAAAUACAAAUCAGUGAAAGUCCACAUAUAAGUAAUCACACAUUUAUUUGUGUAACUGGAAAUCAGUGAUAAGAGACAAUGGUUGAACUACCAAAACGAAAUGAUAACAUCAGAAGUUUUGACCCGGUUCGACCAUAGAUAACAAAAAUAUUUUAAUAUCUAUGGAUUUAAACGUUUUAUUAUAUUAUUAAUUAUUUCACGAAAAAGGAAAAUUCAAAAUAAUUCUAAUAAUAAAAUAUUAAACUGUUGAGUUUUGUAAUGUAUUUUAUAAUUUUGUUUGUAUUUGGGAAGGCAUAAUAAUCAAUCGUCACAUCAAUCGACACUAUCGUUUUUGUACACUGAAGUAGCUAAAAUUGCACUACUAUAUACGAUUUUUGUUAUACAAUUACACUGGUAAUAAUAGCAAGUGUUGUAUAGGUCAAUGAAGCAUGUAUUAGGCAAAAAAUGUUCACCAGUGUUUACGAGUGCAGUCAGAUGGAAAAUACUAUAAUAUAGACGCGUAAUAGUCGCAGGAUUUCUUCAUGAAAAAGUGGGUUACGAAAAAAGAAUAUUGAAAAAAUAAAUCAAUUACCUAUCAGUAAAAUCAGAUUAUUUCAAAAAUACAAAUUGUAACUUUUCGAUCACAUAUACUUUAUAAGUCAUGCAAAAGUAAACUUGCUUUUAAUUCACAAAACAUUCUACCUAGAUUAAAAAAAAAAGGUAAUGGGAGAGGUUUGAGCCCCUUCUCUUCUUACGUAUAGACCUAAAUAGACGUGUAAUUUUUGUUUCAGAUUGAUAACGAUACAUUACAAUUUGAUAAUAUCUAUAUGUUUCAUUAUUAUCGUGUACACGUUAUUUUUUUAUUUGUAA